AUAAUAUGAAGCCAUUUGAGCGAAGCUCAUUGUUUCUGCUGCUGCCGGUUGUGUUAAGAGUUGUGUGCUCCUCCUUUAUUAGUGUGAACCUUGGGAUGAAAGUGAUGAAGGGACAGUCUGUCUUCCUGUCAGAGGAAGACCUCAAGUUUUCCAUCCCCAGAGAGAAGGAUGUCUGCAAAGUAGAAGUUGUGAUUAAUGAGCCAAUAACACAGAGGGUUGGGAAACUUACUCCACAGGUUUUUGACUGUCACUUCCUUCCUAAUGAAGUCAAAUACACCCACAAUGGAUGUCCAAUUUUAGAUGAAGACACGGUCAUGCUUAGGCUGUACAGGUUUACAGAAACGGAAACAUUUGUAGAAACAUUCACCCUUCAUGUGCAGUUACUUGAGCCAGACUGUAACAUCAUAAAAAUGCGCUCCCAUGCUUUGGAGGUCCCUGAAUAUUACGGUCUGUCUAGGGUGAUUGACAAGAAUAUCCUCACCUUUGAUUAUGACAGAAAGAUAAACCUGGAUUGCUCCAUUUCCAUAAUCUCUUCAGAAACUCACCUGCCUGCUCAUGGCCAGCUUAUUGCCCGGAAAGUGCAGCAAGAGCAGUUUCAUGGAGAUCAGCCACGGGGCUUCUUCCCUGAGCACAGCCUGGGCCAACACUGCAAAAAUGGGAGCUGUACACUGGGACUAGGAGUUAUUAACAACAAAAAGAUGAGCUGUGAAGAAUUUCUGGGGAUGGGAAUUCAGUAUCAACACCUCUACCCCCCCUCACCUGACACUGAUUACAUUCCCGUGAGGUUGGAUCUCUCAGACAGCAGAAGCAAAACUCUGCACAAGACAGAGUAUGCAUGGCUCCCUGUUCGGAUUAGAGGUGCUGUUCCCAACCAAAUACCCAAAGCUACCCCAAUAGCAAAGUUCAUCCUGGAAGUAGAUCAAUUUAUUUUAACCCCUAUUACAACCACAACCAUUGAUGCUGAAGACAAUGAAACUCCAAAGUCCCUGCUUAUAUUCAACAUUACCAAGCCACCUCCACAGGGCUUUAUCACUCACCUCUCUGACCACACAAAACAUGUUGGCUCCUUCACGUGGAAGGAUCUCAGUGACAUGCUCAUUGCUUAUCAGCCUCCAAAUAACAGCCACACGGAGAGGAGGAAUUAUGAGGUGGAAUUUGAGGUGCACGACUUGUACUUUGAAAGGAGUUUACCAAUCACUGUGCAUCUUUCUAUCAGAACAACAGAUACAAAUGCCCCUCGUGUUUCAUGGAAUACAGGCCUCAACCUCCUAGAGGGACAAUCCCGACCCAUCACAUGGCAACACUUCCAAAUUGUGGACAAUGAUGACAUCCAAAACGUUCGCUUGGUCACAGUUGAUGGCUUACAGCAUGGGCGGCUGUCAGUGCGAGGACAGAAAGGAUUCAUAUUCACCGUCUCUGACAUUCAGGCUGGAGUUGUUCAUUACCAUCACGAUGACAGUGAUUCUACUAAAGACUUUGUGGUAUUUAGAAUCUUUGAUGGCCUCCACAGUAUUCGACAUAAGUUUCCAAUAAAUAUCCUCCCAAAAGAUGAUAGCCCUCCAUUUCUGAUCAGCAAUGUGGUCAUUGAAGUUCACGAGGGACAGACAAUGCUGAUUCAGAGCUCCAUGCUUCAUGCUUCAGACAUGGAUUCCAGUGACGACUACAUACUAUUCAAUAUUACCAAGCCAUCACAGGCUGGAGAAAUCAUGAAGAAACCAGGACCAAACUCAAUAGGGUAUUCUGUCAACACUUUUCUUCAGAGGGAUCUAUUUAAUGGAAUAAUUUAUUAUCGUCAUUUGGGAGGAGAAGUGUUUGAAGAUUCCCUUGAGUUUGUGCUAUGUGAUAGCCAUGACCCUCCAAAUCUCUCAGAGCCACAGGUGAUGAUGGUUCACAUUAUCCCUGUGGAUGACCAGCUACCCAGAGAAGCUCCUGGAGCGACCCGUCACCUGGUUGUUAAGGAGACUGAGAUUUCCCACCUAACUAAGAAACAUCUCCACUUCACAGAUGUGGAAGAGCAAGACAGGGAGCUCACAUACAACAUAACCACUUCCCCAUUUUUCUCUUGCAGCCAUGGCUACUCAGAUGCUGGGAAACUAUUUAUGGUGGACACCAUCCCCAAAUUGGUCAAGGAUCCUGCUGCUCUUGCACUGCAGUCAUUUACUCAGCAUGCUGUGAACUAUAUGAAAGUUGCUUACAUGCCACCCCUGCAGGACAUUGGACCUGAACCUCAGCAAGUCCAGUUUAUUUUUUCUGUCAGCAAUCAGCAUGGAGGCACUUUGUAUGGGAUCUGCUUCAAUAUUACAAUUCUUCCUGUGGACAAUCAGGCCCCAGAGGUCUUUACAACCCAUUUGAGAGUGGAAGAGGGUGGCAUGACCCCUAUUACAGAAGGACACAUUCUCAUCUCUGAUGCAGACACGAAACGGGAGCAUCUCUUCCUGCUCCUGCAGAGGCAGCCGCAGCAUGGGGUAGUGGAGCUGGAUGACAUUCCCAUGAAUGCAGGGGACAGGCUUUCCUAUGAGGACCUGUGCACCCUGGCAGUCAGAUAUCAUCAUGAUGGCUCGGAGACUCUCACUGAUGAUGUUUUCUUUGCAGCCACAGAUGGCAUCCAUUUUGUAGAGUUCAUCCUGCAGGUCAAGGUGCUGCCUGUGAAUGAUCAGCUACCUGUUAUGCAAACAGGCCUUGUUCCCGUGCUCCACUGCCUGGAGGGUGAAGAAGUAGUUCUCUCCUCACAGUACAUUUAUGCCACAGAUGCAGACAGCGAUGACAUGGAACUGAUGUUCAAGCUGGCCCGCCAGCCCUACCACGGGGUAGUGAGGAAAGCUGGCAUUGCCGUGGAUCGUUUCUCCCAAGCCGAUGUAGUCGCUGGUUUAGUCACAUACAAGCACACUAGCGGUGAGAUUGGCCUGACUCCUUCCAUUGAGGUCUUAACCUUGAUUGUCUCUGAUUGUGAGGCUGGCCUAGAUGUGAAAGACUGCUGUUAUGAUGGACCUCGUUCUCCUCCAGUUUCACGUGAUGAUCCAUUUCCUGUCUAUGACCUUAACAUCACUGUACUUCCAGUGGACAACCAGCCUCCAUCAAUUGCAACAGGUGCAAGCUUUGUGGUGGAGGAGGGCUCCUCAGCAGCCCUUACUACCAAUCACUUGUUUGCCACUGACCCUGACACCACUGCAGAUGGCUUAGAGUUUGUGUUGGUUUCUCCUCCCCAGUUUGGCUACAUUGAAAAUAUACUGCCUUCUCCUGGGUUUGAGAAGAGCAACAUGGGAAUAAGCAUAGUUUCAUUUCAGCUGAAGCACCUGAAAGCCAUGAAUAUAAACUAUGUUCAAGCUAGGCACUUGCAAAUGGAGCCAACAGAAGACAAGUUUGUACUUUAUGUCACUGAUGGGUUACAUAGAUCAGCAGAGAUCCCAUUUUUUGUGCUAAUCAGCCCAACCAAUGAUGAAGUUCCAGAAUUCAUAACCAGGAAUAUUACUGUUCAGGAAGGGGAGAUGAAAGAGCUGAACCUGUCUGUUAUCAAUGCGGUUGAUCUGGAUGUGCCUCAAGACCCUCUGGUGUUCAGGGUUGUGCAGAGGCCCUCGUACGGGUUCCUUAUUAAUGGUGUUCACGGCAGUGAUGUUCUACACUAUAGAGACUUAAUUAACCAUGAUCACCACAGCAAUGGCUUGCUUGUUCAUGACUUUUCCAUGGAGCUACUGAGGAAUGGAAUGAAGCUGAUGUACAUGCAUGACAACUCUGAAAACCUCACUGACAGCUUUAGAAUUCAGCUAUCAGAUGGAAAACAUAAAGUCCUCAGAACCAUUUCAGUGAAAGUCAUUCCAGUUAAUGAUGAGAAACCAGUGCUGAGCAAGAAGAACAAUAUGGAGGUGAACAUAGGUGAAACUCAAAUAAUUUCUAGCGCUGUUCUGUCAGCAGAAGAUAAAGAUACCCCCAGGGAGAGAAUUUACUACUUAUUUGAAAGACUUCCAGAAAAUGGUCAGCUUCAGCUCAAGGUAGGACAAGAGUGGGUGAUUCUCCGAACAGGAAUGAAGUGCACUCAGGAAGAGGUGGAUAUGAACCUUGUGAGAUAUGUCCACACAGGAGCUGUGGGGUCCAAGAAAAAAGACAGCUUCACAUUUUACCUCUGGGAUGGGUACAACAGAUCCCCAGCUGUGGACUUCUAUGUAAAUAUCAAGGACCUGGAAAAGGGAGACAUAGUGGUUUUUACGAAACUUUUAAGUGUGCCAAAAGGAGACCGCAGCUGCAUUACAACUGAUGUCCUCCUUGCACUGGAUGGUACUGACAAGCCAGAGGAGCUCCUUUAUGUGAUAAUCUCCCCACCCCAGUAUGGACAAAUAGAGUAUAUCAGCUAUCCUGGCAUCUCCAUUACGAGCUUCAGUCAAAUGGAUGUAGCACGACAGAUUGUCUGCUAUGUUCACAAAGCCGAGGCAGCUGCUCGUGAAGAUACAUUCAGAUUCAUCAUCAGCAAUGGACUGAGGACUAAGCAUGGGACAUUCAAGAUCGCCUUGGAGGCAGCUGACCAGGCUUUGCCCACUCUUUCUAGGAACAUGGGGUUAAGAUUAACAGAAGGAUCUAUGGCACUUCUUACUUCUGAUGUACUGCAGCUUUCAGACCCAGAUACUGCGAAAGAAAACCUUACCUUUGUCUUGGCUCAGCUCCCCCAGUAUGGGCAUCUCUAUUAUCAUGGGGAUGUGCUACUGCAGUACAAUUUCACACAGCAAGAUGUGGACAACAGGGAUGUUGCAUACAAGCACCGAGGUGGGAAUUCCCAGAUUGACAGAUUUACAUUUGUUGCCACAGACAGGACUAACCAAGGCUUCAUCGUGAAUGGGAGGGUGCAGAGCAAGCCAGUGGCAUUCACCAUUCAGGUGGAUCAUUUGGACAAAAUGGCACCAAAAAUCAUUCAUCUCCAUUGCUUUUCUGAUGUGGAACUGCUGAAGAAUGGCAAUUAUGGGAUCUAUAUUACUGCCAAGUCCCUGAGGGCAUCUGACCCCAAUACAGAAGAUGACAAAAUAAUUUUUAAGAUUUUGCGAGGUCCUCAUUAUGGCUACCUGGAAAAUAUAACAACAGGUGGAUUCAUUCAGGAAGGAUUUAGCCAAAAGGAUUUAAACAGCAAAAUCAUACUUUAUGUCUUCAACCAAUCACAAGAAGUGAAUUCAGACAACUUGGAGUUUCAAGUGACAGACGCCAGUGGAAACUCUGCAGCACCCCAAAGGCUGGAGCUGCGGUGGUCUCGAAUUGAAAUGCUGCAGACUGAAUAUGAAGUGUGUGAAAACAUGGGAGUGGUGUCUCUGAAAAUCACCAGGGCAGGACACUUGGGGGAGUCUGCCUUUGUAACCGUGAAGGUCAAUGAAAUAUCUGCUAGGCUGGGAAAGGACUUCACUGUGACCUCCUCCAAGCUUGUUCAGUUUGAUCCAGGAGUGUCAACCAAGAUGUGGAAUGUAGCAAUUACCUAUGACGGAUUAGAGGAAGAUGAUGAAGUCUUUGAAGUAGUUCUGAACUCCCCUGUGAAUGCUGUUCUUGGCACACGGACAAAAGCUGUAGUGAAAAUUUUGGACUCAAAAGGAGGUCAAUGCAGCUAUUCCCGUUCUUCUGGCCAAAGCAAGCAUGACGUCUGGGGGAGAGGCACACUGUUUCCAGUUUCCUUGGGCUCCUCAUCACCUUCCAGGCCUGGCAGUGUUUCCUUGGAAGGGAUCCCACUGCCUCCCUCCAAAGGGAUGAGAGAGCACGGAGGGGACCUGCAGCAGGAGCGCAGCCUGGCGAAUCGGUCAAGGACCAGGCUGAGAGUAACUGGAAAUGGCAGAAUAGUUCAGCCUUCAUCUGUAUUUAGAAAUGAAACAGAUGUGGUUUUCAAACACUUUUACUCUUUUCAAAAGGCUUGUACACCAGAUUUAAAGGGUCUCUUGCAUUAUGAAGAAAGCACAAAGAAGUUAUUUCAGUCUGAUGGGAUAACAUGGAAAUUCUGGAAUUCCCAAAGGAAUAAAUGUUAUCCAGAUUCAGGUUUGCUUCCAGCAGAAACAAAAGUUUCCCGGAAUAUGAUGAGGACUUCAAUGCUGCCAUUGUCUUCCGAGGUAACUAUGAAGAAAUGUCCCUCUGGAUGGACUUAUCAUGAGGACAGCUGCUACUUCCUGGUGGUGAAUCACAAGGUCACCUGGAACACUGCUGCUCAGGCUUGCAGAGAACAAUACCUGGGGAGUCUAACAAGUGUGGCUAAUGAACAACAUAUGCGGUGGCUGUGGGACUUCAGUGGGAGGAGGCCCUUUUGGAUAGGUUUGAAUGACCAAGUCAACCCUGGACAUUGGGAGUGGAAUGGAGGAGAACCUGUAAGCUACAUGAACUGGAGAAGAAGCUCCCACCACUUUCCAGUGAAUGGAAGAAAUUGUGUAUUUGUGCAGAAGCAAGGAAAAUGGCAGGCAACUGACUGCAAGAAGGUCAAACCAAACAGCUAUAUAUGUUCAAGAAAGUUGUAA